AUGCCUCCCAAGCGGAAAGCCAGCAGCAACGUGCAAGGGGGCACAAAGGCUGGACGGGCAUCGCGCAUGAGCACGCCGGGUGCUGCCACACCUCGAAGCAUCGGUAGUAACGAUGAAGUCGAGGAGGACGACGCGCCCGUCGAUGAAGUACUCGAGCGCGACAUCGACAAAAAUAUAGAUCGUUUCUCACUAAAUCAAUACCAAAAGCGGCACGACAUUAAAGACCCGAUGCCGCACAUUUUUGGUGACAAUGACUACUCCUAUCUAGUCCUGAAAAAGGACCAUCGGAAUAGGCCGUUAUGGAUUGAUCCUAAAAAGGGCCGCAUCAUUCUCGAAAGCUUCAGCCCUCUCGCAGAGCAGGCGCAAGAUUUCCUCAUUACCAUUGCCGAACCGUUGUCCCGACCGACCUUUAUGCACGAGUACGCCCUCACUAUGCAUAGCUUGUAUGCUGCUGUGUCUGUUGGCCUCUCUCCGAAAGAUAUUAUAAACACUUUAGAAAGAUUUCUUAAGACACCACUACCCGACGAAAUUCGGGCGUUUAUCACCAGCUGCACGCAAACCUAUGGCAAAGUCAAGCUUGUGUUGAAAGAUACCAAGUACUUUGUCGAGAGCCCUGACCCGGAGAUGCUGCAAAUGCUGCUCAAAAAUCCGAAAAUCGGGCCACUGCGCGUUCAAGGAACGGCAGAGAUCACAACAACGGCAGCACCCAAAAUUGGGGGGUUGGUCAUUCCUGGCACUAAGAAUGCUGCGGGUGUGAAACAAGCCAAUGGACUUCAGGCAAGCGAGAGUGAACAACCAACGACAAGAAUAGACAUCGACGAUGAUGACGAUCAAGAAGUCACACAUGCCUUCGAGAUUGCGGACAAGGACGUUGAAACAGUGCAAAGAGAAUGUCUCAACCUUGGCUACCCAGUCUUGGAGGAGUACGAUUUCCGACAUGACGAGGCAAAUCCAAAUCUUGAUAUCGAUCUUCGACCUGGUACCCAAAUCCGACCUUACCAAGAAAAGAGCCUUAGUAAAAUGUUCGGCAACGGUAGAGCUAAGAGUGGACUCAUUGUCCUCCCGUGUGGUGCCGGUAAGACUUUGGUUGGAAUUACAGCUGCGUGUACGAUCAAGAAGGGCAUCAUUGUGCUUUGCACAAGUUCAAUGUCGGUCGUGCAGUGGCGAAACGAAUUUCUCAAGUGGUCCAAUAUUAAUCCGGAUGAUAUUGUGGCGUUCACGUCCGACUCAAAAGGCUCUGUUUUUACAGGCAGUACUGGUGUUAUCGUUACUACCUACUCCAUGGUCACACAAUCGCGAGCGCGGUCAUAUGAUGCGGAAAAGAUGAUGAAAUUCUUGACUGGAAGAGAAUGGGGUCUCAUGUUGCUCGACGAGGUGCACGUUGUGCCGGCCAAUAUCUUCAGAAGGGUUACCUCUUCCAUCAAGACGCAUUCCAAGUUGGGGCUGACGGCCACAUUAUUACGAGAAGAUGACAAGAUUUCCGAUCUCAAUUUCCUCAUCGGUCCGAAGCUAUUCGAAGCCAAUUGGAUGGAGCUUUCAAAGCAAGGGCAUAUUGCUCGCGUGCAGUGUGCGGAGGUCUGGUGCGCAAUGCCCACAGAGUUCUACGAUGAAUAUCUCCGUGCUCCCUCCCGUAAAAAGAAUCUGCUCUACAUUAUGAACCCGCGCAAGUUCCAGGCGUGUCAAUAUCUCAUCAACUACCACGAGUCUCGUGGAGACAAGAUCAUUGUCUUCUCAGAUAAUGUCUAUGCCCUCAAGGCUUAUGCGCUUAAACUUGGCAAAGCCUUCAUCUAUGGCGGGACGGGCCAAGCAGAGCGACUCAAAGUAUUGGAAAACUUUCAGCACAAUCCGCUGGUGAAUACACUGUUCCUGUCAAAGAUUGGCGAUACCUCGCUCGAUUUGCCCGAGGCCACUUGCCUUAUCCAGAUCUCAUCGCAUUAUGGUUCACGACGUCAAGAAGCACAGCGCUUAGGGCGGAUUCUGCGAGCGAAACGACGCAACGACGAAGGUUUUAACGCGUUCUUCUAUUCUCUGGUGUCCAAAGACACGCAAGAAAUGUUCUUUUCGUCGAAAAGGCAGGCAUUUCUGGUCGACCAGGGCUAUGCCUUCAAGGUCAUUACGCAGCUGGCCAACAUCGAGCAGACGCCAGGGCUGGCGUUUGCGACUGCAGCAGAGCGUCGAGAGCUGCUGCAAAAGGUGUUGGUAGAGAAUGAGGGCGCAGAGGAUGAGGACAUUACAGACGACUUGUUCCACAGUGGCACCAUGGGACGCGCCCAGAAGCGAGUGCGGCGAACUGCCGGCACACUGGGUGAGCUCAGCGGUGGCCAGAACAUGGCGUACAUUGAACAGAACAAGAAGGUCAACCAGGGCCUCAAGAAGAAGGGCAAGAAGGAAAGUAAUGCUUUCUUCAAGAAGAUCAACAGGGAAAAUGUUCGCCGGGCCGCGGGCGAAUGA